AUGCUCGCACACUCUGAGCGUGUCAAGUCUAUGGACUUUCACCCGACAGAGCCGUGGAUCCUUGCCAGCUUGUACGAUGGCCAUGCCUACAUCUGGAACUACGAGACUCAGGCAUUGGUCAAGACCUUUGAGGUCACCGAUCAGCCCGUCCGUGCUGCCAAGUUCAUUGCCCGCAAGAACUAUGUGAUUACAGGAUCCGACGACAUGCAGCUCCGCGUCUUCAACUACAACACCCACGAGAAGGUUCACUCCUGGGAUGCCCAUAGCGACUACAUUCGCUGUAUUGCUGUCCAUCCUACUCUUCCCUAUGUUCUGUCCGGUUCAGACGACAUGACCAUCCGUCUCUGGGACUGGGACAAGAACUGGAAGUGCAUGCAGACAUUCGAGGGACACACUCACUUUAUUAUGACCGUGACCAUUAACCCCAAGGAUACCAACACAUUCGCCUCUGCCUGUGUGGAUCGCACUGUCAAGGUCUGGUCUCUUGGAUCAAGCGUCGCCAACUUUACACUGGAGGGUCACGAGAAGGGCGUCAACUGGGUCGACUACUACUAUGGAGGAGAGAAGCCUUACCUCGUCACAGCAGGCGAUGAUCAGCUCGUCAAGAUUUGGGAUUACCAGAACAAGACCUGCGUCCAGACUUUGGAGGGACAUUCUCAAAACGCCACAUUUGCCGUCUUCCAUCCAGAACUGCCCAUCAUUAUUUCAGGAAGCGAGGAUGGAAGCGUCAAGAUCUGGCACGCCAACACUUACCGUCUGGAAAAUACUCUCAACUAUGGCCUGAACCGCGCCUGGGCUAUUGCUUACCGCCGCUCUACCAACGAUGUCGCUUUGGGUUUCGAUCACGGUUCAGUAGUUAUCAAGCUGGGUCGUGAGGAACCCACUGUCAGCAUGGAUAACGGUGGAAAGAUCAUCUGGGCGAAGCACAACGACAUUCUGACUUCUACCGUCAGAGUCAACGCGGGCGACGAGCUCAAGGAUGGUGAGCGCAUUGCUAGCGCUGCCAAGGAUCUCGGCAACUGUGAAGUGUACCCUCAGACCCUUCAACACAGUCCUAAUGGACGCUUUGUUGUUGUUUGCGGAGAUGGAGAGUACAUCAUCUACACUGCUUUGGCUUGGAGAAACAAGAGCUUUGGCAGCGGAUUGGAGUUUGUCUGGGCUUUAGACUCUAACGAGUACGCUGUUCGUGAGUCGACCAACAAGGUCAAGGUCUUCAAGAACUUCAAGGAGAAGCCUAAUCUGAUCCGCCUUAACUACUCUGCUGAGGGCAUCUUUGGAGGCACUCUUCUCGGAGUGAAGAGCGCCAGCUUCUUGAACUUGUACGACUGGGAGACUGGUUUGACCGUCCGUCGCAUUGACUGCGACCCUAAGAACGUCUACUGGUCUGAGACUGGAGAUUUGAUGACCAUCGCCUGUGAGGAUAGCUUCUACGUCCUUCGCUACAACCGCCUUGCCUACUCUCAGUUUGUCGAGGCCGGUGGCCAGGUCGGAGAGGAGGGUGUCGAGGAAGCGUUAGAGUUCGUUACUGAAAUCCCUGAAAAUGUUCAGACUGGAUGCUGGGUUGGAGACUGCUUCAUUUACACCAACACCGCCAACCGCUUGAACUACUUGGUCGGAGGUCAGACACAGACCAUUGCCCACUUUGACAGCGCCCACUACCUCCUCGGUUACAUUCCUCGCGACGACCGCCUGUACCUUGUCGACAAGGAUGUCAACGUUGUCAGCUACGGUAUCUCUUUGACUGUUAUUGAGUACCAGACAGCCGUCCUUCGUGGCGAUAUGGAGCUUGCCGAGACACUCUUGCCCCGCAUCCCUCACGAACAGCUGAACAAGAUUGCCAGAUUCUUGGAGAGCCAGGACUUGAAGGAGCUUGCCUUGGAGGUCUCGACUGACCAGGAGCACAAGUUUGACCUCGCGAUCCAGUUGGAGCGUUUGGAUGAGGCUGUUGUGAUUGCUAGAUUGUCCGAUUCAGAGCCCAAAUGGAAGACUCUCGGAGACUGUGCCAUGAACAAGUGGAAGAUCAACCUUGCCGAGGAGUGCUUUAUUCACGCCAAGGACUUGAGCGGCCUUUUGCUGAUCUACACCUCAAGCGGAAACGCUGAGGGUCUCCGGAGGUUGGCUGCUUUGGCCAAGGAGGCGGGAAAGAACAACGUUGCCUUUUCGUGCUACCUGUCUCUUGGUCAAAUGGAGGACUGUAUCGAGAUUCUUAUCGAUACUGAGCGUAUCCCUGAGGCUGCCAUGCUCGCCAGAACUUAUGCCCCAAGUGCUGUUCCUCGCGUUCUCCAGCUCUGGAAGGACUCGUUGGUCGCUGCCAAGAGAGAGAAGACUGCCCAGGGACUUGCUGACCCUCUCGAGUACGAGGACAUGUUCCCCGAUCUCCAGUAUGGUCUCUUGGCCGAGCAGGCCGUCAAGGCUGCCAGAGAAACGCCUGUUCCUGCCAUCUCUUACUAUGCAUGGAAGGAGUCCCUCGAUCGCGACAUCAUUUCAGACAUCAAGUCAGGCCGAGGUCUCCCAAAUCUGCUUGACCAGGGCUCACAAAGUCCUGUUCAGCACUACCACGAGGCCAACGGCGACGACGAGUACCCAACAGAGGAGCAAACCGAGCAAUACAUUCAAGACGACAUGAGCCACCUGUCCUUAGAGGUAUGA